AUGACAAUCUUUAGUGAUAUUGCUGAAAAGGUGACUAGUCUCUUUGAGAGCAGCGAAGAACCCAAAAAGGAAGAUGAUGAUUUCAUUGAACAACAACUCUUGAACGAGAAGCAUCGUUAUGAUUCAUUUGCUGCCGUCAGACACGGUGCUCAAGUCAAGUAUUUUAUUGAUGGACAAAACUACUGCUGGGCUGUUUCAGAAGCUAUUGACAAGGCAACCGAGUGUAUUUACAUUGAAGAUUGGUGGCUGACACCUGAGUUGUAUUUACGCAGACCUCCAUCUAAAUAUCCAGAAUAUCGUAUUGACCGAUUAUUAAAGAAGAAGGCAGAUGAAGGUGUAAAGAUUUACAUUGUUGUCUACAAGGAAGUCGAAAUGGCUUUAACCUUGGAUAGUGCUCACACCAAGGAAGCACUUCAAUCCUUGAGUGAAAACAUAAUAGUUAUGAGACACCCUGAUCACUCCCUCGGAGGCACCUUUUUCUGGUCUCACCAUGAAAAGUUUGUCGUCGUUGAUAACCAGAUUGCUUUCCUCGGUGGUAUCGAUCUAUGCUUUGGUCGUUGGGACACUCAUGCUCACCCCUUAGCAGACUUUCACGGAAAUGAUCCCGAAAGCGAACUAUUUCCAGGUCAAGAUUAUAGUGACGCUCGUGUGAGAGAUUUUGAUCAUGUCAAGGAUUGGGAUAUGCGUCUUAUUGAUAAAACUGUCAUUCCUAGAAUGCCUUGGCAUGAUAUGUCCUUGUGUGUGAUGGGUGCUCCUGUUCUGGACGUUGCACGUCACUUUUGUGAGCGUUGGAAUUUCGUUAAACAUGAAAAGGCUAAAGAUAAAGACAACAUUCCUUUCUUACAACCUCCCUUGGGUGGUAUGGGCUCUCAACAGAGAUAUAUCGAAGAAGACCCUGAGGCUCACCAUUACAGAAAAUAUCGUCACAAUCACAGAACUCACGGUGUAACGGGAACGAUGCGUACACAAGUUCUUCGAAGCAGUGCCAAAUGGAGCUCUGGUGUUGAACUUGAACACUCUAUUCAAAAUGCCUAUAUUGCUACUAUCCUUGGAGCCCAACAUUACAUUUAUAUUGAAAACCAGUUCUUUAUCACUGCGACCGAGAUGAACGAUGGCAGUAUCCUCAAGAACCAGAUUGGCAAUGCUAUCGUCAAGCGAAUCAUCCGCGCUCAUGAAGAACAAGAAAAGUUUAAAGUAUUUGUCUUGAUGCCCUUGAUGCCUGCAUUCCCCGCUGACUUGAGUACAAAGGAUGCAGCCACUGCUAGAUUGGUUAUGCAUUAUCAAUACAUGUCUAUCUGUCGUGGUCCUAAUAGUAUUGUUGAAAAGCUCAAGGCGACUGGCAUUGAUCCUGACGAGUACAUCCGCUUUUAUAGUUUAAGAAGUUAUGAUCGUAUCAAUCGUAGUAAGCUUGAAGAAUUGCUUGUCAAGGCAGCCGGUUACGGCAACACAACCCAACAACAAUUGGAUAACAUUGAAGGUCAUGAAGGAGAAGAGGCUGAAGUCGUUCAUCAUGCAGGUGAUCCUGACUUUGCUCGUGAUACCAAAGGUUCAUUCAAUGUAGAUGAAGAGGUUGAGUAUGGUCGUAUUCCUGAUGAUGACGAUAUUCGUCGCCAUCGUGAACAGUUGGAAGAAGGUAUUGCCUCUGAUUCAAUUGCCAAGGAUGCAAUGGAAGGUGGUGAUAUUGAAAGCGAACCUUGGGUGAAUGAUACAAAAUACUCUCAACCAAGAGAUGAUGAAGCUGAAAGAGAAGAAGCCAGUGAUUACGUUACUGAAGAGCUCUAUAUUCAUGCAAAGCUUUUAAUUGCUGAUGACAAGGUCGUCAUUAUGGGCUCUGCUAAUCUGAAUGAUCGUUCUCAGUGUGGUGACCGUGACUCUGAAAUUGCUUUAAUUGUUGAAGAUAAGGAUACGAUUCCUUCCAAGAUGAAUGGUGAAUAUUAUGAAGCUAGUCGAUUUGCAGCUACUUUGAGACGCAACUUAUGGAAGGAACAUUUGGGCUUGAUCCCUGAUGCACCACCUGAUGAAGUCACAGAUGCUAUGCUUCCUUUGCCCACACCGCAGAUAGAUACAACAGACAGCGAAGAAGAUAGACAAGUGAUGGACCCACUUGAUGAGGAUACACUUUCACUAUGGAACUCUACAGCCAAAACAAAUACCGUUGCUUUCCGUCAUGUAUUCCAUUGUGUACCUGAUGAUACAGUCACCACAUGGGAGGAGUACAAAACGUUCUACCCUGAUCCUAGUCAGAUUGAUAUUGGACAUGUUCAUGACCCUGAAAUGUCAGUAGAUGAAAUAAGAGACCACUUGGCUAAUAUUCAUGGUCAUUUGGUCGAAUUCCCCUAUCAUUUCCUUGAAAAUGUCGAUCUUCAAGGUGAAUCUAUUCCCUUUAUUGGAGAUAACAUACAAGAACUGUAUACCUAA